UCAAGUAACACUGUGAAUAUACUACAAAAUGAGCUCUAACACGUCUACACAAGACGCUGGCAUCCAGCAGAAGCAGAACACAUGGCAGGCGAAUGAUAGACGAGUACUUCUGCCUUGGAUGGACGACCCCGAGGAGAUUAAGAAUCAAGUCCGACUUGUCUACAAACAGAAGCUACCGCACCUAGAUGCGGCUGCAGGCGAGCUAGCAUCUCUCCUCGGCCUCGGCGACGGCUUGAUAGCCAAGCAGCGGAUGCAGAACCUAUUCACGCACCCGGCGCUUCUCGACGCCUUCGUCGAAUUCGCCGAGACGUAUCUCGAAGGAAAUUGGGACCUUCCGGUUGGCGAAUGGGAGGCGGUCCACAAGAUCGCCCACGCCGGCUGGGGUUCGCGCGCGCCUCCGCCCCGGGAGGAUUGGAACGUCAAUCAUUUCUACGCCCGCUUCAUCCUCCGAACGCUGGCAAGACUUAGAAACCCGGACGAUGCCCCGAGAAACCUCGCGUAUUGGCUCGGGGAGGCUAACCCAUGCGACGCCACGUGGCUGCUCAUGCACGUCCUGAUGUAUAUGCAGUGGGAUGCGAUGCGGGACUAUAAAAAACACGCUCCUGUGAGGGAUCGUAUCAACCAUGUUGUUAAUGUGUGGAAGGCGGACAUGGCGUAUAGAGAGCCUACUAACUAGGUUAGGUACCUAAUUAAUACAUUUCGACUCUUUUAAUAAUAGCUUUAGAUCAGAUAUUAUAACUCAUUAUACACUUGUG